AGCCAGACCAGCCGACACUGCCAACUGCGAAGUUUGCGUCAACGAUGACCAUCUUUGAAUCGAUGGAGGGGCGAAAGUGGAAGCAGAGAUGCUCGACGUGUGGGACGCCGAUGGGUAGCUGGAAUGAGGCUAAGAGAAGAUGGUCAAUCUGGCCGUCAUCACUAGCUCGAUCGUAUCAGCCUGAAGGUGACGGCGCCUCUUCACCCGAAGGCGCCAUCCACCCGUCAAUCCUCGCCGCCAUCCGCGCCGAUCAUCACCAAUUCUACGGCCCCUGGCGACUGAUGAACAUCAAUGAUGACCUACCAAAGUGGGAUGGAUACAAGGAGCAGAGCCAGCGAGUUCCGUAGCAUCGUCGUCGUCGUGGUGCGGCUGAUUUGAAAUCGGACGCAGCGAUAGCGGUGAUGCAAGCGCGCUGCCGGGCCCGGCCUGCUGCACGCAUGCGCUUCGACUGGCGGACAGGCCGGAGACCGGACCCCUUCGGCGAUGCGUGUGCGUGGGGGACCAGUUGAGAGAGGCGGGGCCCGAUUCAAUAGACGUUUGAUCCUCUCCAUCCGAACGACACCAUCCACUUAACGGCGCGCAAUCUCACCCCGUGCUACCUCUACUGUUAUCCUCACACACGCACCCUCAUACACGCACAUACCGCUUCCAAAAUGGCAAAGGAAAUUGAGGCUUCGGAGGUUGCGAACCACAAGUCGG